UGAAGGUACCGCAGAUGAUGAAGAUCGUAAGCAAUAAGAGUGCCGAGGGUAUAUCGAUGCUUGCACUGUUCUUGGAGGUGAUCAACUACUCUGUCAGUGUGGUCCACAAUCUCCGCCACAACAACCCGCUGAUCGCGUGGGCCGAGACACUCAACCUGACGUUCCAGAACAUCGUGCUGAUGGUGUUGGUGAUGGUGUACGGCAAAGGUAACAUGCUGCCAGGCACAGUCAUGUUUGUAGCGUACGCUGGCAUGUUGUUUGUAAUGCAAGACGAGCAGGCGUUCACCAGCGAGUAUCUGUCCAUUGCGUUCGCCGGUGGGACUAUGCUGACCGUCGCUGCACGUGGUAUCCAGAUUGCGGCCAUCCAGAGUGCGGGCCACGCACAGAAUCUGUCGUUCGCCACUGUGGCGCUUCAGUUUGGCGGCAGUGUUGCGCGAGUGUUCACCACCAUUCACGAGAUGCCUGAUGACACGGACAUGCUGUUUGCCUUCGGCGCAGCGAGUCUAUUGAACGGCGUAAUACUGCUGCAGCUCAUCUAUUUCUGGAAUGCUAAAGCACCGGAGGUGGCGGCUAAGGACGCAGAAAAGAAGACACAAUAGUGCGCCUGUGUUCCUACAAGCUGGUCCUAAUUAUUUUAAAGGUGCGCAGGCCGUGUCAGUCCAGGGCUUGGGAAUUGGGUGCAGGUUCUCUUUCAGGGCAGUACUGGCUACAUGCUGACACUCAUGGAAUGCAUCGGUCUUCCGCAAAAUAAAAAAUAAACUAGUCUGUGC